GGCAACAUUUCACCACUCGCCAUUUUGCAAGAAUGUCAGCCAAAUCAUCAGAGCGAGUUUUUAGUUAAUUUUUAUGUUAUCGCAUAUUAAAUUAUAGUGAUUUUGUGUUUUGAAUAUCGUUUUUAUUGAUAAACAGCAAAAUGGACCGUUUUAUAAGCAUGUGGAAAGUUCGGGAGUUGGCGGAUAAAGUCACAAAUGUAGUGAUGAACUACACGGAGGUGGAGGGCAAGGUGCGCGAGGCGACGUCGGACGAGGCGUGGGGCCCCACGGGCCAGCAGAUGCAGGAGCUGGCGCUGGCCACCUUCACGUACGAGCACUUCCCCGAGGUCAUGUCCAUGCUGUGGCGCCGCAUGCUGCACGACAACCGCUCGCAUUGGCGACGCACAUACAAGUGCUUGCUACUGCUGAGCUACCUGGUGCGCAACGGGUCGGAGCGCGUCGUGACGUCGGCGCGGGAACACAUCUACGAUCUGCGCUCGCUCGAGAACUACACAUACGUCGACGAUGUUGGGAAAGAUCAGGGUAUAAACAUAAGGCACAAAGUGCGAGAACUGAUAGACUUCAUACAGGACGAUGAGAAACUGCGCGAGGAGAGAAAGAAGGCGAAGAAAAACAAGGACAAGUAUAUAGGCAUGUCCUCGGACGCGGUGGUGAUGGGCAUGCGCGGCGGCUCCGGCGCCUGGGGCGAGUACAGCGACCGCAGCGGGAACUGGGAGGAGCCAAAAGAGAGGAACGAUGAGGAUGAGUAUGAGAGAGAGGACUCUGACGGAGACUACGGACACCAUCGUGAGAGGAGGCCACACAAAGAGAACGUAUACCGCGACUCGGACGUAGUGAGUUCGAGUCCACCUCGAGCUCGGUCCCUGGAGCCCGGGGAGCGGGGGGAUCGAGGGGAGCGGCCCGAGCGGGGAGACAGGGGGACACACAAACCGUUCAGCAUCAACCUCAAGAGCCCCGCCAAACAGAAACCCAGCACGCCGGUCAAGAAGAUUGACCUCGGCGCGGCAGCGACAUACGGCCAAUCGGCUAGCGGCGCGGGUGUGUCGGGCCCGGCGGAGGCUGCGCCCCCCGCGCAGUCGCAGGAGCUGCUGGACGACCUGUUCAAGACCUGCGCCCCCGCCACCCACGCCCCGCACAACGACGUACUCGACGACUUCGACCCCAGAGCGGAAGAGCCCCUUCCUCGCAAAGUAUCGAAUGAAUUCGGCGACUUUACGAACGCGUUCGGUCCUCCCGCGAAUAACAACGAAGGAUUCGCAGACUUCUCGAGCGCCUUCACUGACAACAACAACUCCAACAACUUGCUCAGCGCCGGAACCAACCUGGCGCCCACUCCUAACCUUAUGGCGCCCUCAAAUAACCUCAUAGCGCCCUCAAAUAACCUAAUGGCGCCCUCAAAUAACCUCAUGGCGCCCUCCAAUAACCUCAUGGCGCCCUCCAAUAACCUCAUGGCGCCCAGUAAUAACCUAAUGGGCAUCGGCAGCAACUUGAUGACGCCGGCCAAUAAUCUGCUCAGCUCAAGUAACAAUAGUGCGGCUGCUUCAGCUGCUGCGUCCAACGUGGACCUGCUGAGCGAGCUGUCCCCGAGUCCCGGGUUCGGUGCCGUGGACGCGCUCAGCUCGCAGCUCGCCGCCACCACGCUGCAACCCACGCUCACUCCAGGCGAAACAAGCCCGAGCCCGCUCCAACGAGCCGUGGAGCUCGCCAUGCAGGCCAUUCUGGCCACCCCCCGCAUUACCAGCCAGGCCCAGCUGGCCCGCCUGCAGGCCGCGCUGGGCGCCGUACUGUGCGCCCUGCCCGGGCCGCUCACGCUGCACAAGCUGUGCGCCACGGAGCCGCCUGCACUACAGGGCCCCGACAUCCCCGGGUACUCCCGCCUGCUGGCCGCCGCCGGCCGGGGGCUGCUGCCGCACUGGCCCGCGCUGGAACAGCCGCUGCGGGGACUCUUCCUCGUCGAGGACAGCUUCCAGCUCAGCCACGAGAUACUCUCCGUGCUCUGUGGGUUGCUCAAGACUGAGAACAAUAGCGUCACGUUGAAGGCUCUCUCCGACCUGCUGGUCGCGUACGUCAAGAGUGACGCCAUACUCACGGCCAUAGUGGACUGCAGCCGGCCCUGCGAGGAGGCCGACUACUACGCGCUGCAGCACGCCUGGGAGAACUACGUCCAGCUCCUGGCCACGCUGCCGCAGCGGGUCGCCAACAGACUCGAGAUCCACACGCCGAAGGGCUUCUCCCACGAGAACUACUCGUACUACCUGAUGUUCCACGUCAUCCGAGUGAUGGACUUCAUGUCCGACAGCAGCUUCCACCAGGGCGCGCAGUACAACGUCAAGUGCCUCGCGCACCUACUGUCCAAGAUCAUCACCAACUACUACAUGAGCGGGGACUCGCCCGUCAUCGCCACCUUCGUGGACAUCCUGGCGGGCUGGACCGAGACGCAGGGCCCCGACCGGUACGUCAAGCGCAAGCUCAUACAGACGCUGCUGCGCCAUCUGUCGCGGCAGGCCAUCGAGUACCUGUGUGUCGUGCUCCUCCGGCGGUGCCCCAUCGACUACAAGGCGGACCAGCAGAUCAUAUACAACGUCAUCGGGGACAACUUCGAUACCAACAACGACUGGAGGGAAAUCCUCAGUUACAAGAUCCCUUUCUAUGUGAAACCCAAAGACUACAAGGACACGACGAUACAGGAGAACCUGCUGUACUACCUGUCGUACACCAAGCACUCGGAGAGCAACGUGAGCGACCUGGUCCUGCGCCUCAGUACCGUGUGGGCCGACGUGCGGCCGGCCAAUACCUGCAGCCUGGCCGAGCACGUGUACAUCUCGCAGCUGCUCAUCCUGGCCGUGCGCUACCGGGUCACCAUGUCGCUGUGGACCAAGUCCGUCUGGAAGACCAGCGACCUCAAGAACAUAUUGCUGCGCGGCAUGGGCAAGCACCUCGACGUGCUGUCGCCCGAGUACCGCUGCGUCGGCAUGGCCACCGUCGAGACCCUGCUGCGGAUCAUGGCCGAGCUGGACACCGACAAGAAGGCCGAGCUGAAGUUCGAGUACGAGGAGAUGAGCGACGCGUGCAGGGACCUCCAGCGCAACCUGUCGGAGCUGGCGCACCGCUGCCUCAUCGAGCACCGCCGCCGCGGGCCCCACCACCACGUGCCGCGCCCGCUGCAGCUCAAGCGGAACCUCGACUUCAUCGCGCGCAAGUUCUCCGACAACGAGAACUGCCGGGAGCACAACACGCUGGUCAGCUGCGCCGUCAAGGGGCCCGAGCAGACCAAGGAGAUCGUCAAAACCAUCAUAUCUGUGAAGCUGGACGCGCUCGACGGGAAGCAGGAGGACCUGGACUCGGACGACGACCUCGUGCCGUACGACAUGGCCAACGACGCGCCCGCCGCCGCCAGGAAGCACCCCAAGUACCUGCGGGACCUCAUCGAGCUCAUCGUGGACGCGCUCGACGUGGAACUGUUCGAGGGGAGCUUGCAGGUCGCCGAGCAACUCGUCAACAAGCAGCUCCGGGACGAAGACGUUAAAGUAGUGAUCGAACUGUUAGACUUGUUCGUGCACCUCGAGCCCAAGUACCAGAUAGACGACUUCGACAAUAUAAAGUUCCGGACGUGCGUGGCCAUCGUCUGCGAGCGGCCCGAGGUGGCGGCCGAGCACCUCUGCAGGGACAUCCACACCGACAUCGGCCGGUACUCCGUCGCCACCAAGCUGUUCAUGCUGGACGUGCUGGCCGAGGCCGUCAAUAGGAUAGCUGAUGUCUACUCGCAGAAAGACAAACCCGAGCCCGCGGCGGAAGUCAUAUGCGAGCCGCAGGAAGACUUACCGCCCGAGGAGAUCAUCCGGCGGAGACUGAUCAACAAGACGCGGUACUUCCACACGAUACGGCCGCACCCCUUCGCUAAAGCUAAGAAAAAUCGUUUCGCGGCAGUGUCGGAUUACUUUUUCUUCCCCCUACUGGGCGGGUUCGGCCACCACCAGCUCACCCUGAGCCACCACACGCUGAAGCACGACGUGGACAACAUCUUGCUGUUGAAGUUCCUGUCGGUGGUGGGGAACGUGGUGCUGGCGUCGAAGAACUGUCCGCGGGUGUCGGUGUACAGCUGGGAGGUGGUGAAGGUGGUGCUGUACAUGCGGUACAGCCCGGAGCCCAAGGUACAGACCGGCGUCAUGUCGCUGCUGGCCGCCGUGGUCAUCGCCGUGCCGCCCAGUAUACUGAAGGCGGAGUUCUUCGACGUCAUGAUGGAGCUGCGGUCCUGGCUGGUGGACUGCCUGCGGAACGUGGACCUCACCAUGCGGCUGGGCGGGCCGCAGUCCGAGGCCGCCGUCUUCGCGGGACAGGUGCUGGGGCUCAUGGAGAAGACGCUGGGAGACAGCGCCGAGUGAUAUGUUAGUGUAUAGUAGGUGUAAGUGUACGCGUCGUGCUGAAUGUACAUGGUAGGUGGCCUGGCCACGGUCUGAUUCCAAUGUUACUCUGUGUUACUUUUUGAUGUUAUUGCGAUGUAUUGUAGCGAUCCUGAACUAUGUGUCUGUAUAUACCCACCGUCAAUAAAACUAUUAUUAUUGAG